AUGAGAGGCUAUAAUUUUUACCAGAGAGCCAAAGGGGCGUUUCAUGACCACCCCACUGUCACUAAACUUCUUGUUGUCCUCUCUGUCAGUGGUGGGGGUGUAGCUGCUUUCUCUGAUGCCAGGCCAUUCCAAUUUGGCUAUGCUGAUGCAGCUCAUGAUGUCAAGAAAAAGAAAGUGGUGGUUCUAGGAACUGGAUGGGCUGGAACAAGCUUUCUUAAAAGCUUGAAAGAUCCCAGCUAUGAUGUUCAUGUUAUUUCACCGCGAAACUAUUUUGCAUUUACUCCUCUGUUACCAAGUGUUACCAAUGGCACGGUUGAAGCACGCAGCAUUGUGGAGCCAAUCCGCAGCAUUGUUAGGAAGAAAAAAUUUGAUGUCCACUUCAAGGAGGCUGAAUGCUACAAGAUUGAUACAGUAAACAAGAAGGUGUGCUGUCGCUCAACUCAAGAAAACAACUUGGGUGGUUCAGAAGAAUUUACAGUGGAUUAUGAUUACCUGGUUGUAGCAAUGGGUGCACGUGCAAAUACAUUUAACACCCCUGGUGUUGUGGAGUAUGCUCACUUUUUGAAGGAAGUCGAAGAUGCUCAAAGGAUCCGUAGAACAGUCAUAGACUGUUUCGAGAGGGCAAGCCUUCCAACUGUAAGUGAAGAAGAGAAAAAGAGGAUCCUGCAUUUCGUAGUUGUUGGAGGUGGUCCAACUGGUGUGGAAUUUGCUGCAGAGCUUCAUGAUUUCGUCAAUGAGGAUUUAGCCAAGCUUUACCCUGCUCUUAAGCAACAUGUCAAAAUAACACUUCUUGAAGCUGCGGAUCACAUUCUGAACAUGUUUGAUAAGCGAAUUACUGAAUUUGCUGAAGAAAAGUUCCAGAGAGAUGGAAUUGAUGUAAAAACUGGAUCGAUGGUUGUAAAGGUAUCUGAUAAGGAGAUAUCCACUAAAGAGAGGAGCUCUGGUAAAACUGUAGAAAUCCCUUUUGGAAUGGUUGUCUGGUCUACUGGCAUUGGAACUCGACCUGUUAUCAUGGAUUUUAUGAAGCAGAUUGGUCAGACCAAUAGACGAGUUCUGGCAACUGAUGAAUGGCUGCGGGUGGAAGGUUGCGAUAGCAUAUACGCCUUAGGUGACUGCGCCACAAUCAACCAACGUAAAGUAAUGGAAGAUAUCGCAGCAAUAUUUAGUAAAGCGGAUACGAAUAACUCUGGUACCCUGAAGUUGGAUGAUUUUAAAGGGGUUAUCAAAGACAUUGCUGAAAGGUAUCCCCAGGUGCAGAUUCAUCUGGAGAGAAACCAAUUAAGGAAUUUUCUUCAACUACUGAAGAGUAAAGACGGCGAUGAUGAACUGAACAUCGAAAAAUUCAAACAAGCACUUGCUGAAGUGGACAAACAGAUGAAAAGUCUUCCUCCAACAGCACAGGUGGCUUCCCAACAAGGAGUUUAUCUUGCUGACUGCUUCAACCGCAUGGAUAUCUGUGAAAAGUAUCCUGAAGGGCCAAUAAGGUUCAGAGCAGCAGGAAGGCAUCGGUUCCGUCCAUUUAGGUACAAACACUUUGGACAAUUUGCACCACUGGGUGGAGAACAAGCUGCAGCACAACUCCCAGGAGAUUGGGUUUCCAUAGGUCAUAGCACGCAGUGGCUUUGGUAUUCAGUUUAUGCUAGCAAGCUAGUCAGUUGGCGCACAAGGCUGCUAGUAAUAUCUGACUGGGGAAGACGUUUCAUCUUCGGAAGGGACUCAAGUCGGAUUUGA